AUGUCCCGCGAAAGCCCCGGCCUGCCGCCUGUCAAGCGCCGCCGCUCGAAAGACGGUUGUCGUCCAUGUCGAAUCCGAAAGAAGAAAUGCGAUGGGAGGAAGCCCACUUGUGUCUCGUGUGAGCGAAACGUGCUGCUCUGCAGCUGGUUUCCCAAUGCGUCGUCGGACGCUGCCGCAGAGCCGCCCAUCAAAUCCGAAAAUCUCCUGGACUGGGCCGCACAGAAUAAGAAGAGAAAACUGUCAAUCUGUUCAUCAGACGCUACCCCGCCAGACAGUGACUGCCUGCCCCCAUUGUCAUGGUGUUCAUCGCAGGAGGGUGCCUCGCCACCAGUCUUCCGAUCUGAUAUGGAUGUUCUCGACAUCUCUGGCCUACAACAACAGCCUUCUCUGGCGCCAAUCUUCCGCUCCCCGAUUUCUCUCCUCCUCUAUCAGCACUGGGUAGAAAGGACAGGCGACGUGAUGUCCGCCCACCGUGGAAAAUUCAAUGCCUUCAAGACCGAGCUUCCACGAUUGGCUCUUGCAUAUCCCGACACUGUUCUGCAGAGUCUGCUUGCCUGUAGUGGCAUUCAUUACUGUAACGCUGGGAGGACGGCGGAUAUUGAAGCGAGUACCUGGACACAUCUGGGCCUUGCGCUACGGUCGCUGAAAUACGGCUUGACCCGAUUUGUGGCUCAGCCAGGAGGCGAUCCCAUUCCUCUUUUGGCAACAGCCUUGGUUCUUUGCUUUGUGGAAACAACAAAAGGCAACGACGGCGGCGUUCUGUCGCAACAUUUACGAGCAGCCCACAUAUUGUUUAGUAUGAUACAAUCGUCUCCAUCAUUGCUUCAUAUCGAGGAUUCAAUGCUUGAAUUCCUGAAAGAAUUCUAUACGUAUAUUCUUCGAAUCACUGAACUAAGCAACGACUCCCAAACCGUCAUUCUUCACGGCUCAGUAUCCCACGUUCCUCCCACAAAUGAAUUUUCCUGGCUCAGUGGUAAAAGCUACGGUAUGCUGGUUGGCUGCUCAUAUGAGCUAUUUGAUAUGAUUCCUCAGGUAUCGGCUCUGGCACGGCGAAAACGACAGAAAAUCAAAGAAGCUCAGAAGCAAAGGUCGCGUGGCUAUGGGUCGACAGUCCCGGAGGGCAGUGAUGCGGAUGAGAUGGCUUGUCGUAUCUUGAGGUCGCGAAUUUUAGCCUGGCGACCGCCUCCAGAUGCUCGUCCAGAUUUCGUCACUUGCGGCCUUAUCUACCAACAGGCUAUUCUCUGUUACCUCGAUACAGCAUUUUCGAACCCACCCUUGACGGCCCAAUCACCGCUACCGGAUUUUGUUCUCCAGCGGCUUGACCGCUUUGUAGUUCUUCUUGAUCAGCUCCCCGCCGAUGCCCCUAUAUCGCACACCAUGUGCUGGCCCUUGGCAAUGUUCGGGAGCCUGUCGCGUCGGACGGACCACCGGAAACUCAUACUCGACCGGCUACAGGCAAUGUGGGAACUGCUUCGGCUCGGCAACAUCCGAACCACCAUGAACUUCCUCAAGAAACUGUGGGAGGAUAACCAAGGCGACGGGAGCGCCCACACGCCCUCCGCCGAGUGUAUCCGGAUUGUCAGCCCUGGCGCCAAGGCCUCGAAACGUAGGCGUGGGUUGAGAAUCAUUCAUGACAACAGUGACAUGGAGGCUUUGAUGAAGAAAUACGAAAUAAUGUUCUCGUUUGCUUGA